ACUCCAAAUUGUCCAUAGGUAUGAAUGUGAGUGUGAAUGGUUGUUUGUCUAUAUGUGCCCUGUGAUUGGCUGAAGACAAUUUUUUCUGUUUUCAUAUCCUGUCCUGACCGUCCUCUUUAAAAAAAAAUUUGAUUUGAAAGUGAUGAAAAUGUGGGCUGCCAUGUGGAUGGCUUUUUUAAGUAGUGUUGCCAAAAAGCCAAAAACAAAGCUAAAUAUGCAAUCCUCUGAUUCUUGCUGAGUUGAGGUCUCUUAAAAUCUGUGACGUCAUGAAAGUUCUUAUGACUUUAGCGGGCACACUUUUCCCACACUUAUUGGUUACAUUCCAAAAGUUUUUUUUUCUGUUGUUGUGCUGGUUUUUGAAUGUUCUUUCAUUGGAAUUGUGUUUAUGACUAUAAUAUACUAUAAUUUUCUACCGGGCCGCACGGUGUCCUAGUGGUGGCUGGCCACACGGUCAGGAGAUGGGGAAUAUCUUGAUUUGGGCAUAUGUGUGUGGCGCAAAACAGUGGUGCAUUUCAAGUUUAAUGCAGUUUAACUAUAGUGGCUCACUGCUGACAUGACCUGUUUUUGUCCUGUGGAAUACAACUUUAUUGGAGGUGUGGUGUUUAUUUUUUAAUGCAAAAAUUUAAUGCACUAUUACAUAGGCCACUCUUGUGAAAUAUUCUUAUGGAAUAUUCUUGUGAAAUAUAAAUAAAUACAUGAAUAGAAACACGCCACAGUAGGACACAGUACAGUUGCACACUGCAAACUUCAAUGGCAAUAACAGAGGUGCUGUUAAAAAAAAUACUUUUUCUCACUUGUUACUGGUUAGCUCAGUUAUUGCAUAUUACUACAUAUCUUAUACACCAUGGCUCAAUUUAAUUUAGCUCAGCUACGGUGAACGGAUGAGAAUGACCUUUCAGGGAGAAUGAUAAUGUACGUAUGUGUCCACCAGAAGGUUAAAUGAAUGCAGCAUAAUCCAUUGUUGUUUAUUAUUUAAUAGCUCAUCUAUAAACUGUAGUGUAAAGACACAACAUGGAUGAGUUGAUGGAUUACGGUUGUUUGCCUAACAGAGAAGAGCAUAGCAUCCACAUCACGUCAGCUCACAAAAAAGUGUGAUGCAAACGAGAGCUGCCUUGCAACAUGUUUAACAUAAUUAUAAUAUUACUAAGAGGCCCGAGCUCAGAGAGGAACGCUGAGUGCACUCAUAAAUGUUCGACUGUAUCUCAUCAUAAUUUGUCAUUUCCAUUUGAAUUCAAGUGGCUUUUUUUCUGUUUUAUCUUCACCAGACUCAGAAAAAAUAAAUAAAUAUAAGUAAAGUAAAACAAGUUGGUGCAUUGCUAAAGUUAUUGUUAAAUGAAUCAUAUUAUUGUUAAUUUUUUUACACGCAAUUAAGUAUGAAUUGCAUGGAAAACCGAAUAUAUGAAUACUUUUCAGACACUUCAACGUCUAAGUUGCCUCUAACAGGAAGUGUAUGUUUAUUACUACUGUAUUUCUGAAGGUGAUGCUGACAUAUUUUGAUGGACUUCAUGGGUGAACAUGUGGAUAUAGAUACAUGAUUCUGUAUAAUGUCAACAUUAUUUUUUUUAUUUCUGGAUGCAUAAUGUAAAAUUAUUAAUGACAAAUGUAUAUAUAUGAAGAUGUAUAAUGUGCUGCUGAUCCAUAUUAUGAUUAUUCUGCUGUGGUCUGCAUUAACUUACUCUUCCGAUGGGCAGUUUUUUCUUCAAGGAGAAGGAGGUGAACGUGACCACCUCAUCUGAUCUGGGAGCAAAGGUCAAAGCAAUCUGCGGAACGUCACUGAUGACCACCUGUGAAUUAUUCAUUAAGUCAACCAUACUUGAAGAGUCUGGUUUCCUUCGUGUGCUGGAAGCUAUCACAUUACGUAACAAUAGUAAUUAUGCUGUCUGGUAAUAUUAAUGUGUGUCCUUCCUUUUCCCUGUCAGCUCUGUCAGAACUAUAUGUGGGUAUGUUUACAUGACCAAAAAAUUGUUUGUGUUUUUAAAAUAAGUCAUGUUCAAAGAGAAAGCUGAAAAAACACAACAAGACAAUAGAUUCUAAUAGUAGCCAGUUGUUGGCAUGCAAUGUACAUGGUGUUCAAAUUUUAGGCAAUAUGGAAUUAAUGCGUCUCCAAUGCGUAUAAUACAAAACUAAGCUCAGUGAUAUUUAUGAAAAUCCAGAUCAAAAUUUAUGACAAGAAAGCACAUUUGUUCCCAAAUAUUUUUUAUUUUAAACCAAUUUGUUCCCAUAAUAUUUACCACAAAAUCUAUGCUAAAUAAAAUAAAAUAAAAUAAAAUAAAAUAAAAUAAAAUAAAAUAAAAUAAAAUAAAAUAAAAUAAAAUAAAAUAAAAUAAAAUAAAAUAAAAUAAAAUAAAAUAAAAUAAAAUAAAAUAAAAUAAAAUAAAAUACGUAUACUGACUACAGAAUAAUACAGAUCAUAUUCAAGCACUUUUUACCUUGGUUUCCAUUUUAAUAAUGCUUGGACUUCCACUUUUUGUACCAUAGUCCACAAGAUGCUGUUAUCACAUUAACAAACAAUAAAAAUGUUUCUCUUUCUGUCCAGCUUCAACUAAAAAAAAAUAAAAAAUCACUGAAUUGGCACAUUAUCCGAUGAAAUGCAGGUCAGGCCACCGUGAGCGUGGUUUUUUGCUUCAUCCGCAAGCCCACCUACUAUCAAUGAAUGACAAUAAAAUUACAGUGAGAAAAAUCCAGUGUAUUUCUUUUUUCAGUUAGAGCUAAAUUUACAAAGAAGUCAAAUGUAAGAUGAAUGGCAGAGCUACUCAUUACUUCUUUGCAAUAAUUUUUUUUUGUCUCACUCGUAUUUCGUCUUUGUGCCUUUGAAGCCCUAUUUGAGAUGAAACAAUGUAAAAUGUAAAUUCUUGCAAUUUUUCAACUGGUCUUAAAAUUUUGAUCCGGAGUGUAUGCUGUAUAUACAUUGUUGAUGAUGUAAGUGUUUUAUAAGCUUGGGUUGAAAGUACCUACAGAGUCAAGUUAGAAUCAUGAAUUUUGUUAUGGACCAUAAGUUUUCUCCAGUGUGUUAUCAGUGCAAGACGUACUGUAUAUGCAGCUUAUGAAAAUGAAAGAAGCUGUUAGCUUUUACUGUCUCCAUUGACUGAAAGAUGUGGCAUAACUGUACAAACAGAUGUAUCCUGGUUGUUAAGGAUUCGAUGAAUGUCACCUAUACUCCCACCUCGCCCUUUAUUUAAACCCUGCUGUUCAAGCUGUGCUGAGCAACUGAGCCAGUCAAUAAUAAAAAAUCAAAUGUCGUUAAAAAUACACCAUAAAAAUUUUUAAGAAAAUGUUUUCUUCCUUGGAUGACAUUAUCUGGAAGAAAGACUGAAGUACUGGGAAGACUCGGCCAAAUAUUGAUCUUUGGUGAGUGUGUUGAAUCAGUAUCUGACUCCCCUCAGGUGUUGCAUGGCCUAAGCCCCACCUUAAAAGAGAUGCAAAUAUACCUCCGCAGGUUUCAUUUUACACCCGGAGGCAAAGAACAGCAGUCAUCGGAUGACAGGAGCUCUUUUGCAAUGAAAACCAGCCAGCAUGCAGUCAUCAGCUGAGAGCCCUUGACAAAAGGAUCAGUUAACCGGUCACAAGUGCCAUCCCCAUCGCUUUGCCGCUGCCACCACUGCCACCAUGGCCAUUGCAGAUCUUUUAGGAGUCCAAUUCGACAUGCAGCUGCUGGUCAAGAUGAGUAUUUCUGUGGGGACAAUGCUUCUGGUGUCGUUGGCCUACAGGUUCUACAGCUCCAGGAACAGAGAAGAAAGCUCGGUCCAGGACAGCCAAGCACCACAGACUUGCCUGAGGUGCAAGACAGUCCUGCAGGGCACUGGUACGGAUGAUGAAUCUUCGCUCGUUGAUGAGCCAUCAUCUGGAAGUACCAAGGCAGAUGAUUAUGCAACCCAAGAACUUGGUAACAUGGCACACAGUACUCAACACACUGACAAAGAAGUGGCAUUGGUGACCUCCUGGGAUACUUCAACCGAUCAACCGUCUCUGGACCUUCUCGAUCCAAAAAAAAACGGGCUAGCCAGUUCAAAAGGCAGACGUUCGCCUUGCUUGUUGAAGAAGUUGGACGGCGGUACAGGCGUGGGCAGAGAACUGAGGAACGACUUGGAGCAACAUGGUGUCUACUCUAGCUUCUACUCCAAGGCAGAGGUCAAGGUGGAGGAUGCCAAACUUGUACCGGAAAGUCCAGAAGACCAGAUAGUGCUUGGAAAGAUAUACGAAUACUAUGUGGAGAGUUCUUCUCACUUUACUACAGAGCCAACCUCCCUGUUGGGUAAGAAUGAGAAGAAAUCUGAGUCCCAAGAAGAGCAUGAAGGCCAUCGCAACAUGGCAGAUUCUCCUUCUUCUGCAGAACCUGACGUUACUGAGGGAUCCGAGUCUGUUGGGAAUCAAAAGCUGAUGUCCUCGCAAGGGUCUGUACCCGUAUGCAAGCAAAGCGAUCUGUCUGCUGGAAGUCCACUUCCACCCUCUGUCAGCUCAACCAGCACUGAUCCCCUGGCGGUCAGUCCUUCCACAAAUAAUACAUGCCUCAGCGUGAAUAAAGGAUCUGAUCAAGGAGCUGGACCAGUCAGUCCUUUGGUACACCUUUCCGCUAAAAAUCCAGAUUUUGAAACCCUAAAAAGUCAAGUGGAUCUAGGUAACUGUCUUGAGGUGCUCCAUUUUGCCAAAAAAAACGGGCAGAGCUCUGUGGAGCAAGCAGCCCUCAGGUUCAUGUCCAACAACUACUUCCAGGUCCUGCAGGACACCAACCUUUAUGGGCGGCUCACAGAUGCCUCACGGGAACAACUACAGAGGCAAAGAACAAGAGGAAAACGAUUCAUUAUGGUGGCAGAUAUGAACCCCCAAGACUGGUCGAGGAACACCGGAGCAACGAGAAGAAUGUCUAGCGCUUUGUACUAUUAUAACGACUGCGUGGAUGCUUGGCAGAUGCUUUGCCCCAUCCCGCAGGAAGUCAUCAGCAAAGCCUGUGCCAUGUGCACAAUGGAUAACUACUUAUUUGUUGCGGUGGGAUGCCAAGGAACCGAUAGUGAAAUGAGCCCCUCCAAGCGAGUGUUCUGCUACAAUCCAUUGACAGACAUUUGGAAGGAGAUCAGUCCCAUGAAUGAAGCCAGACCUCGCUGUAAAUUGGCUGCACUGGACGGCCACGUCUACGCCAUCGGCGGGGAGUGCCUCUCCUCAGUCGAGCGCUAUGACCCACGAUUGGACAGAUGGACUUUUGUGGCCCCUCUCCCUAACGAUACAUUUGCCGUCGCCCAUCAUGUGACAGUAUGCAACGGGGAGCUAUUUGUGUCCGGGGGGAGUCUCCGUUGCAUGCUGCUGCGCUACAGCCCCAAAACGGACACAUGGAGGGGGAGUCUGCUGGCAAGCGGGAAAGACAGAAUCGUAGACAUGGUGGCCGUGGGAUCGUUUCUGUAUCGCUUUGAAGUCAACUCUCAUCUGGGGGUUAGCGUGUACCGUUACCACACUGUGGCCCGACUGUGGUACGAGUGUGCCACCAAACGCCUUGCCCACUGCCCCGCUUUCCAGUGUGUCGCGAUGGACGAUUGUGUCUACUGUGUCAGCCGCCACUUCACGCUGAAGUUUGAGGCUGACGAGGUCUCUCCUGCUUUCGCAGACGACAAUUUCAGUGUCCCUCCUGCAGCCAAGGGCUUACUCGUUCCCUUUGUCUUGUCACUCCCUGAUAAGAGGCCUCUCCAGACCAGUGUCUAGCACAGGUUAGGGUUUUUUUUUCACAGCUAAGAGACCAGGGUUCAAUUCCACUCUCGGCCAUCUCUGUGUGGAGUUUGCAUGUUCUCCCCGUGCAUGCGUGGGUUUUCUCCGGGUACUCCGGUUUCCUCCCACAUUCCAAAAACAUGCUAGGUUAAUUAAUUGGCGACUCCAAAUUGUCCAUAGGUAUGAAUGUGAGUGUGAAUGGUUGUUUGUCUAUAUGUGCCCUGUGAUUGGCUGGCGACCAGUCCAGGGUGUACCCCACCUCCCGCCCAAAGACAGCUGGGAUAGGCUCCAGCACCCCCCGCGACCCUCGUGAGGAAAAAGCGGUAGAAAAUGAAUGAAUGAAUGAAUGAAUGAAUAACAUUCUGUUUCCUAGCUCGACUAUGAUGGCCGUAACGAGCUAUGAGCCCUCAGAGGUCCAGACUCACGAUGAUAUAUGCAAGCUUACCCAAAGUGCGUUGGAUGAAUUGAUUAGCUAAACGUUUUAUAUGUGCAGCUGUACAUGCUGGAUGUUUAAUAUUCAUACAUUAUUCAUUAAUAAAGUCAGAAUACAACAAAAUACAACGCAGUAAAAACCUCUAUGCAUGGGGAUCUUGAAAUAAUGCCCUACUUUGACUGACCGUGUUUGCUUUGUGCAUGCUUUUUUUUGACCCCGCCAAAAUAAAUUCUUUACAGUUUUAUUGCAAUUACUCUUCCUCCCAACUUUAUUAGCCGUCCCUGCCCAGGGAUGUAAAAAUAUUACUGUCCUGAUGGCAGUCCAAUGACUGUUUGCUUAGAUUAACGCUGCAUGUGCUGCCAUGCAAACAGUUUUGCUCCCUUAGAUUUGCUGCUCCUUCCCUGCCACUAAAUGACUGUUACAUCAUUUCAGAUGCUCAACUUCGAGCUCCGAGUAUUAUUCAUGAGUAAGUGUUGCAGUACGUCAUAUACAUUAUACAAAUUGGGCAAUAGAGCCACAAUCUAUCACGGUGCUGCGAGUGCACUGGGCACAAAUAUAGCUGGCACAGUGGCCUGAAUAGAACGCAAUUAUCUGCAGCCGCUGUGUAAAUAUGACAGCAUGUAAAUGGGAGUGUCGUGCAGUACAAAUAGGUGAGCUUCCAAAAGCAAUCGUCACGAGUGGCCAGAAACUGUAGCCGAGUCCAUCUACAACAUGUAUUUAUUUUUUUAUUGCACAAAAAAUCCGAGACAUGUACAUACUUGUUGUUGUUUGCUUUUAUAUGUGCAUAUGCAUUAACUGCAUUAUGAAGUGCUGUAUGUUAGAAUGCUGUAUAUGGUGAAAUCUAUAAAGAAAUAACUUAAAUAAUGUAAAUAUCCAACAUUGGGGCUCAAGGAGCAUCCUAUCCUGUCUUUGAGACUGACAGCAUCCCUGGAGAGUGAUGCUGCUACAGCACCAUCAUGUGGUUCAGGCAGCAAACAGAGCAUUGCUCUGAGCCUGACAGGUUGCACACUCCAAAACCUCCCUCAACAUCAUGCGCAGGACGCAGGUGGCGUCAGCACAGCGGAGCAUCUAAAGCUGCCACCAGUCGAUGUGGCAGCGAAAAAAAGAUAGUUGACGCAGAUGGUUGACCAUCAAACAUGAGCUUUUUUUGAUUCUUUCUCAUUAAACACUUUGAUUCCAUGUAAUUAAACACCUAAUGGGAUGGGAGUUGCGUGCAUCCCUGCAGACGUCACCUUGGAUGACACAUGACAAAAUGCACGGGUCACUUCCGGCGUUGACAUGUGUUUCAUUUUGUUUUGUUUUAUUUCUUUCCCUGCACAGGGAAUCUAGGAGAACAACACAUUCCGAGUUAAAGAGAUGAGGAAUUUGUAUACAGUCAUCCUGCAUGUGUAAACAAUACAGUAUAUCCGCCAAAGUAGAAUCAUACAAACUAAAUAGUGUUUGAACCAACAAAUGACAUAAAACUAACACGGGGGUUCCAAGAUACCACUGCUCGUCCCUCAUUGGUCGGGCAGCUUUGUUAUUGUAGCAUUUGAGGACAGCCGUGCAGCCCUGUAUUAUGUUAAUCAUGUUAUUUGAUUCGCUAAUGUAGAAUAAACAACACAAUUCCCUGACUACCUUACAUUUUAUUCCCAUUGAUAAUACUCAUAAUUCCUCAUAUAUGGCCUGUAAUUCCACUUGUAAAAUAUCACAGAAUGUUGCAUCUCAAGGCAUAACUGCUGCUUUGAUUCCAGUAGGCCAUGUUUGGUUGGGAAAGCUAUAAAGGAAGUCAUUAACAUCUCUCCGCAACAAUAAAACGCGCAUCUGGGCAAAGAUACUUUUCAUUGCUCACGAGCAAGGCUGCUCCAUGUAUACAAAAUAUAUACAACCCUUAGGUGUGUUGUACUCAUCGCCGGGGUACAGAUUAAUAUUUAAUUCCUCACAUAUAAUAUCUGGCUUGCUGAUGCACGGCCUCUUAAACUCUAGUCUGGUCAGGCUGGU